AAAAAGAUUGCAGCACCACAAUUUCGCAUAUGGUCUCCCACUACACUACUCAGUGUGGCCCUAUGCAGCUUAACUAACGUUGAUCGGACGGGAAACAGUGCUUCCUGCAUGGUAUGGCCGCAACCGAAAGUUUGUUAUGAGGGAUGUCUCAGCCUCACGCCCCUUUAUAGUUCGGAACCCUUCUAUACAGUAGGUGAGGGGUAA